CCACGCACAUGCGCACUAUGCGUAGUCAGAAAUCUCAAAUCGGAAGUUCUUUGCUUUUAAGUUGCGCGUCCUGAGUUAGGAGGACAUAUUUCAGCCAAAAUGAUCAGUAAACUAAUCGGUCAGAAGUAUGUAUCCAUUGCCAAAUCAUGGGUCCCAACUCUGACUGUAUGGGGCACAGUCGGAGGCGUAGCUCUGGUCCACUUCACCGACUGGCGGGUGAUUUUGGAUUAUGUCCCCUACAUCAACGGCAAAUUCAAGAAGGAAGAGUAGUGGCGCUCAGUCAGGUCGAUGCCGGUUUUUACACAAAGACUAAAAUAAUGGACGAGAACCGCUGCAGCCCGGACCUGGUGUGCCGGGCCCCAGGAAGCGUUCAUCUUCAUCCUGCAGCUCAGUCAACAUCGAACUGUUCACCAUCAUCAUCAUCAUCAUCAUCCUCCUGUGGAAUGCACUGGAGCCGGUCAUUUCAACAUCACUCAUCCCGUGACAGCGUGGAUGGAAGGAAUAUGAUAUGAUAAUUGGACUUUUUUUCCUUUUCUUUUCACACUCAGUUUGGGGGUCGGGUAUUUAUUUGAAUCACCUGUGUGUCGAACCUGCUUCUCAGACGGAAACACCUUCCCUUCAUGUCAUGAUCUUAAUUGUGUUGAAAAGUAAAGUAUGUGAGAUCAGAUGUAUCCU